ACGGGCGCUCGGAUCGUGGACCGGCGGCUGGUGUCCUGAGCGGGUCCGUGCGCUCUGAUGCGGUCCUCCGGACGGACACAGGGGCUCUAUUGUUGUCAGCCCGGUGGUUUUGUCUGCUGGAGCGCGCACGCACGUCCCGCAGAAACGGUUUUGACAUGAAGAAAGACAUUGAGACUCUAAUAGCAGAGGAACGUGCCAACAUCAUUUUGAAAUAUGCUACGGGUAGGCAGGACGGUGUGGAAAUUGAUCCCUGGGAAGAUGCUGACUAUAGCAUCUACAAAGUCAUCAAUCGUUUUGGCUUCAUGCAUGAAGAUGAGCUGCCAGCUCCAACUAUGCACGAAGAGAAGAGGAAGCAGCUGGAGCUUGAGAGAGUGGAGAAAUGGCUGAAGAUGGUAAAGAAGUGGGAUAAAUACAAAAACAGUGUCAAGAUGGUGAAACGAGUGUACAAGAGCAUUCCUCUGCAGCUCAGAGGCCAAGCCUGGGCUCUCAUGCUGGAUGUACAGGCCAUUAAGAAUGAAAAUGAAGGAAAAUACGAGAAUAUGAAGGAGCAGGCCAUGCUGUAUUCAUCAGAGAUUAAACAGAUUGACCUGGACAUCAACAGGACCUUUCGAAACCACAUCAUGUUUAUGGAUCGUUUUGGUGUCAAGCAGCAGUCUCUCUUCCAUGUUCUCUCUGCAUAUUCUGUCUACAACACAGAGGUGAGCUACUGCCAGGGGAUGAGUCAAAUCGCUGCCUUGCUCCUUAUGUUCAUGAAUGAGGAGGAUGCAUUCUGGGCGCUGUCACAGCUGCUGACCAAUCAGAAACAUUCCAUGCACGGAUUUUUUGUUCCUGGGUUCCCCAAACUUCAGCGAUUCCAGGCACAUCAUGAUCAGAUCAUUUCCAAACUGAUCCCCAAACUGAAGAAACAUCUGGACAAAGAGCAGAUGUCUGCAGGGAUUUACAGCACUAAAUGGUUCCUGCAGUGUUUCAUUGACAGGACGCCGUUCACGCUGACUCUUCGCUUGUGGGAUAUUUUCAUUCUGGAAGGCGAGAGGCUUCUCACUGCCAUGUCUUACACCAUCCUGAAGAUACACAAAAAACGGCUGUUGAAGAUGUCCCUGGAGGAGCUCAGGGAGUUCCUGCAGGAGCGGAUUGCUCAGACUUUCUACGCCAGCGAUGACCUGGUUAUUGAACAGCUGCAGGUCUCCAUGAAUGAACUGAGGAAGAUGAAGCUGGACCUUCCUCCUCCAGGGAAAGCUGACGAGUUGCCUCGUAAACCUCUCGGCCAAGAGCUGCCGGUGCUGCUGAGUCCAGUUCGGCCCGGCAGAGGGAAGCUGUCCUCAGCUAGUGGUUUUCCCAGAGCUGAUCUUAGGUUCCACAUCAUCUCCCACCAACCUGACUCCAUAUCCCCGGACCAGAGCCCCUCCAAGGAUCCCAGGGAUCUGGAUGCUGUGGAUGAGGAAGAAACUCAGCUGCCUUCUCCAGACCCUAUCAUCAUCCACAGCCAGGCCUCACUCACUCCUGAUGGCUCUCCGUUGAUGGGACCUCCGCCUUACCAACCCCCAGGGAGCCAGGCAGAGGUCAUAACUGCUCACCGCUCACCCCCUUCUGAAACUAUCUCCAUCACAGGAACAGCCUCGGCUGCACAGAUCACAGAAGAGCGUUCACAGGACUCCACAGAUGAUACUUCUGUGGCUGAUUGCUCAAGUCUUAGCACCAAACAAUCAUCCUGCAGGGUUCCACGGACAAUAUCAGCUCCUGUAGCCCAGGUUGCCUCCCCUCUAUUGGGUCUUACGCAGUCAAGAGAGGAAACUCAAUCUGCAAAAUGUUCAUGAAAUGGGCACCUACUCCAAAAGGCAAAUGCACACAAAUUCCUCCUCGUUUGAUUGGUUUCCAUCGGUGGUACCAUUUGGAUGCUUUAUUUUCCUGUAUUUGGUUUAGUCGGUUUGGUUGUGGUUAUGUUUUGACAAUUAAAAUAAUUUUUAGUGACAUGUGCAGACAUGUACACAGUCAUGUAUCUGCUACAUUUAGUCAGUGAAGGUUCUUAGUCACCCAGGUAUCAGAUAUCAACAAAUUUACAGCAGCUGGACCGCUUAACUAAAGAAGCCACAUAGAUGAGAUUCGGGUAUUGUCUUGUUGAAGAACAAGAAGCCACUUGCUGUAAAGUGAACUUCUAGAUUUCACAUUUAUCGCAUACAACCAGUUCCAAUGAAGUUGGGAUUUUGUGUAAAAUGUAAAUAAAAACAGAAUACAAUGAUUUGCAAAUCCUCUUCAACCUAUAUUCAAUUGAA